UAGGAGCCUCAGAGCUACAGCACCAGCAGCAACGAAAGAUGAGAUCUCACCCAGACUGGAGUCACAGUGGCUCUGGGACCCAGGCAACAGGAAAUCUGGGACAAGCUACAUGAUGACUGUGUCUCAGCAGCUGCUUGGGGCUCGGGACUCAUGUUUGGGGGCAGUGUUGGGCUUCCUUUGCUUCUCAACGGUGCUGAAGGCAGCCCCUGAGUUCUCAGGUUACCUUCAAAAGGUGCUGAAGAACCACACAGCCCAUGCCUGUGAUGGGGAGCAACUGGGAGUCAUUUGUCCCCACAAGACCACCAUUAGCAUCCUAUCUGCAUUUUAUGGGCGUCGAGUGCCCAGCCAGAACCUCUGCCCGAGCACUGGCAAUAUCUCUGGUGAGAGCACCAUGUGUGUGUCUGCCACAGCCCGCCAGAAACUUCUGGAUGAGUGCCAAGACCAGCGCUGGUGCCAGUUCUCUGUGCAUAGCCCAGUAUUUGGGCCGGACCCGUGUCCCGGGACACACAAGUACCUGAUAGUUUCAUACAAGUGCAGACCAGCUAACCACCGCAUUAAGACUGUGUGUGAGAAUGACAACCUGAGGCUGCAGUGCAGGGCUAAAUCCGUCCUAGCAAUUUACUCCGCAAGCUACGGCAGAUCCAUGCGUGGCAAACCAGAGUGUGACUCUGCAAACAGGACUGGACUCAAUGUAGAGUGCUUAGCUCCUGAUGCCUUGAGGAGAGUCUCUCGGAAGUGUCACAGGAAGGAGAACUGCACCGUCUUGGCUAACAAGGCCACCUUUGGUGACCCCUGCUUCCCUGGCGUGAAGAAACAGCUGAGGGUCUCCUAUACAUGUGUGCCAAGGCAGCUGUUUGAGGAGGUGGGCCAGAAUUCCCCAGAUCCCUUCUCGCUCUCCGACUACACACAUGGUGGCUGGUACCGUGGGCCAACACUGUCCAGGCUCCGUGAAGAUCUGAUGAUUUUUACUAGCUCUCUGAAAACGUUUGCCCACCUCUGGGGUGUCCCCGAGAAGGUAGGCCUCUAUUUUCUGUGUGGGGUCUCCGGAGGCCUGGUGUUCCUGCUUUGUAUCUUCAGCCCCAAAAUGGCUUUCAUACAGGACAUGAAGGAGGUCUUAAAAGCCUCGAAACUGGGGCACAGCUCAGAGCUGAGCCGGGCCAAGUUACGGGAUGACUGUGAUGAGGACAACCACAACGACGACAGCUCCUCAGACUCCUUAUUCCGCCGCCUCACCCGCACCUACCGUGCAUCCAACAACAUCUUCAGCCCAGAGCUGACCGCAGCCCUGGAGGGUGCUGCUGAGCACAGGGCCCAAGAUGGAGAGGAAAUCUGGAUGCUCAAAGAUUCCAGCCCCUACGCUAUUCACAAACUCAAAUCUGCUACCAAAUGAAGAUGAGGAGCAGGGGUCACCGGCAGGGCAAUGAGCCAACUCCACAGCUUCACAUCAGCAAGCAGCUCUUUCUAGUUACAGAUCCAAAUAAUGGAGUGGGGACAUGGUGGGAAGGGAGACAAUUUUAAUCUCUGGGGACCCAAACUCAUAACAGGUUUAGGUCACUUGCAACGAGUAUGUUGAUAACAGUCUGAUCCCUGAUAGAGAUUUGUCAUAACUCAAACAAAGCUAGGCAAACUAAUAUACAUUCUGUGAACACCAUGUAAUAACUUUCCUGCUAUAGAAACCAUAGAUUCCAUAAUCAGUAUUUAUAUCACACACAACAAAAGCACAUUUGUUACAAUUGGCAGUCUCCAUUCAAGAGACGAGCUGGUUGGAGAAAUGUAGACAUAACCAUAUUCCAUCAGAAUAUACAGUUCUGUUGAAAGCAAAAUGUUUAGCAAACUUCGGUUGAAUUCUGCCUGAACUUUGUUUAGGAAGAAAUGCAUGGGAGAAAAGGGAUUCCAACAAUGUUAAAAUGACCCGUACCAACAUUUUCAGAAUGAAACUUUUUUGAUUUUUUUUUUGUUUUGAAACAACUUUUAGUUUCAAU